AAAUUUGUUUUAUAGAUUAAAAGUAGUAUAUAUAUCCAAUCUUUUACUUUCAAAUUGUUGAACUAUGGCAAAAGAUCCAGUUUGUGUUCUGAAAGAGUUUUGUGACAGCAGAGGAAUCACCACACCUGACUAUGAAAUAAUACGUGAUCCAGAUUCUCCCGACCAUGCAUGCAGGUUUUUUGCAGUGGUAACAGUGGAGAAUGAUACAAUAACUGGUAGUUAUGCUCAUACUAAAAAAGAAGCAAAGAAAAAUGCUGCCCGAAAAGCCCUAGAAGAAUUUUCAGAUGAAGUCGCACAUAAACUUCCCCCGUUGGAUGCUGCCAGAGACCCCGUAUCAGAGCUUAACGAGAUGGCACAUGGACCAGAAUGUUAUACCAUAGCUUACACUGACUACGAAAUGAAAGGCCCUCCUCAUUGCCCCAGAUUUGAAAUCAGCGCUGUAGUUGAUGGUUUUUGUUGCCCAUCUGGCUUUGGUUUAACUAAGAAAGAAGCAAAAAAACAAGCAGCUAAGAAUGCAAUUAGGACAAUUGACUGUGGUACACUUUACCACCAGCCUAAAUAUGACAGACAUAUUAGAAAGAAAUGUAAAUUUGGACAAGGAAAAGAUGCAGUAAGCUGCUUAGAAGAGUACUGUGUACCAAGAAAGAUGGUCUAUGAACUGUUAGAGUACUCUGUGGGAUCUGAAUGGGGAUGUCAAGUAAAGAUAGAUGAAAAGAAAUAUCCAUUGCAUAAAGCAUCUACAAAGGAUGAAGCUAAGAAGAAGGCUGCUAAAUCAACAUUACAAAUGAUACUAGAUCAGAAGAAAGAGAUUUUAAAAGAAGCAAAUGCGAAAACGAAUUCCAAACUAAAGAGAAUCGCUGGCACCCUUGGUGUAGCUGAUCAAAUUGAACAAUUGGUUUGGGAGGUAUAUGGUAUAUGUCAUGAGACAUUAACAGAAUAUUUCACCUCACAGAAAGUUGUUGCAGCAUUCGUUAUGAAACAGUCAAGUAAAGAUAUUGGGAAGGUUGUCAGCAUUGGAACAGGUAACAGAACUAUACUUAGCGAUCAUGUUAAAGAAGAUGGUACAAGAAUUAUAGAUUCUCAUGCUGAAAUAGUUGCAAGAAGAGGUUUAAAAAGAUAUUUGUACAAACAACUGAAAGUUUACAAAGAUGACAUUUCUCAUGAAGAAUCAAUUUUUACAAGUAAAGGGCAAUUUUUACAUUUAAAACCGAAUAUCUCCUUUCACUUGUACAUUAGCCGGCCGCCAUGUGGGGAUGCCUCAAUAUUUCUGGAUAUUGGAACAGAGGGGAUAAGACAAAGACAUAGCAAGAAGCAAGGAUUAUUACGCACCAAAGUAGAAAGAGGUGAAGGAACAAUACCCACAAGCAAUAUUGAUUUUUCACGAAUAAACAUCCAUUCUUGUUCUGAUAAGAUAUGCAGAUGGAAUGUUGUUGGCCUUCAAGGAGCCUUGUUAAGCCAUUUCAUAUCACCAGUUUAUCUGCACUCUGUUGUUAUUGGUAGUUUUAAAAAUGAGCAAGCAAGUCAUUUUAAAAGAGCAGUGUAUGGUCGCUUAGAAAAAGCUGCUUUGUCAUUACCUGCAGAUUAUUGUUUGAAUAAAUGUGAAAUUUAUACAACAAGCUUAAGCAGUAACAACGAAGACGUGUACAGUGGCAAAUCAUCACAAUAUUCAAUCAACUGGUGUGAUGGUGAUGAUUAUGUUGAAAUUGUUGAUGGAACACUUGGCUCACUGGUUGGGAGUUUUAUUCAAGAUGACACAUCCCGGUUGUGUAAAAGAAAAUUAUACGAAGAUUUUUUGGCAACAUGUGGCAUCUUUCGAAGGAUUACCGAUAAAACAAAAAUGUAUAGUUCUCACAAAAGAAAUGCCACUGCAUAUUGCAUGGCAAAAGAAGAGUUAUAUGAUGCUUUUCAAAAAUCUGGUUAUAAUUUCUGGAUCCGUUUUACGGAGGAUGUCGAUAAUUUUCGUUUGUACAAACCUAAAAAAGUAUUGUCUCUUAAAAAAUUUUAAAUUUGAAUUUUCAGUUGAAAAAUCAGUUGUUUUACCUAAAACUAUGUCUGUUUAUCAUGCAGCUUAUGACAUGUUUUCUGAAAUAAAUGUAGACAUUGUGAUUUAGCACGUUGUCUGUCGCCGUUAUCAGAAACUGGUACAAUUUUUUGAAUCACUUUUCUCUUGUUUCUGCGAUGUCUAAUGAUUUUCUUAUCGAUAUUAUAAAGCUCGGUGUCUUUCUGUGAGCCAAAAAAUGGUAGCUGCAAGUAGCGAUGGGCAAAUUUCUUUAGAUUUUGCAACAGAUGAAUUUUUGUGGAUUUUUUCACAAGUGUGUGAUUAGUUUAUAUAAAAACUGCAAUGUGAAACAGUUAAUACCUUUUUCAAUGUAUUUUUAACUUGUAUGAACUUAAUGCUAUAUUUACCUAGUAACAUGCAAAGAGAAUAUUUGUUUUUUUAUACAGUGCUAAUCUUGUAGAUUUAUAUUUUAAACGAUUGGAAAAAUAAUUAAAGUUUCAUCCUUGAUUUUAAAUUUUUUAAACUAUAUAUAAUUGUAGAUUAUUUUUAUUCUGGAUGAUUACAAAAUAUAACAGAAAUUUAUUUAAUUGAAAUCGUUUUUUUAUGAUUGUGAUUAUGGAGAUGCUAGAAAACUAUAUGAUAAGAGCUUUUUCUUGACAUUUUAUCUUUAUAAUGAAAUAAAACAUAAAAUUGUGAAAA